GCGUGCGGGGUUGGGGGUUGAAUUGAAGGUGCAUUGAGAGAGAGAGAGAGAGACAGUGAGAUAAGGUUUUGUAAGAGCAGAGGCGCAGAUUUCGUGACAUUUGACAGAAGGAGGGCAUGGCGUGGGCGUAGUUUGGCGGCAACUAACGGGCAUCGCGUUGGUUCGCCUUGGCAUCGAAUCCACAGCAGAGCCAUCAUCAUCUCCUGUCACGUGCUAACCGCUGUUCUACAUGCUUGGAUUCCACGCGCUCUGGACGACGGGGAAUAUGUAGAAAAAAGAACAAGAAGCCUUGCAUUUUCAUUUUCAUUUGCAUUUCUCGACUGCAAUGUGCGUGCUCAUCACCACCCUGCAAUUCUCGGUCUCUCAAUUCGGUUUGCCCAUGAGCUAGCAUUCUUUCUUUUCCUUGGUGGCGGCGGAGUCUUUUGGGUUUGGGUUUGGAUUUGGUUUUUUGGGUAGCAAUAUGCAGGAUACGAGUGGUUCGCAGAGCGAUGAAAUGACGGCGGCGGCGGCGGCAGCGGCAGUGGUGGAGUCAUCUUCUCGUCUGUUGACAGAAAGGCGAGGGAAGUUGCAGCCACCAGCGCAGGCGCUGAAAUGCCCACGGUGUGAGUCGAUGAACACAAAGUUUUGUUACUACAACAACUACAAUCUUUCACAGCCGCGGCAUUUUUGCAAGAACUGUCGGCGCUACUGGACAAAGGGCGGAUCUCUGAGAAAUGUUCCCGUCGGCGGCGGCUGCCGGAAGAACAAGCGAUCCUCCAAGCACAAAAGCGGCGGCGAUCAGCGGAAUCAUAACAAUUUGGCGGAGAAAGCAGCGGUUUCUAAGGCGGUUAGCAGCUCUGAUAAAGUUGGAGGAGGCGGUGGGGGGAGUUCUUCCAGUUCUUCUCUUGUUAACAAUAACAACAUUCAGGAAGGCUCUGAUAGAAGUGAAUGUAAUACCAAUUCCAAUAACAACAACAAUAAUAGCAGCAGUGCAGUGAGUGGUGCCGUUUUUCAUACGGAUCUUCAUCAAACACAACUGCUGAAUUCCGGUGGUAACAGCAUAAGCGGGUCAAUCUCUUAUGAAAACCCCCAGUUUAGCGUAAGCCCCGGUUUAUUUAGCGGGAAUUGGAGCAGAAUUAGCCCGCUUGACAUCCAAUGGAAGCAGCAGCAGUCAUUGACGUCUUUGUUGACGGACGGGAGAGCGUCAUUUGACGGAUCUGCCAUUGCUGAGCCGCCGCCUCUGUUAGAAGACAUAACUAGCAUAGGGGAAGCCGCCAUAUCGAGAUUCCUCAAGGCAACCCCGGCUUCAUGGCCAAGCUUAUUACAGGACCAGCAAAAUAGCAGCAGCAAUAAUAAUAAUAAUAAUAACCAAGGGCAUGCUUUUGAAUGGCAGACAAAUGGGAGUGGUAUUAAUAUUAGUAAUAACAGUGAAGCUUCUUUUCUGAGCGAUCUGGGGCCUUGGAGCGGGGGAAACUGGCCGGAUCUUAGCAACUAUGGCCCCGGCUCAAGCUUGCCGUGAUGACAGUUUGAUGAUGCAGAAAUUUUUCUCAGUGUUGAGAAAGAGAGAAAGAGAAAGUGAGGCCUGACUGAUGAUGUUCAGCUGUUGCUGCUGUACAGUUUACUUGUAUGAAUUCAUCGUGCCCAUUUUAGAGGCACAGUACCCAUGUGUGGCCUGUGGAGAAAUAAGAUUUAGAAACUGAAAAAACAAAAAAAGGGUUUUCUUCCUCUUCUUCUUCUUCUUCUUCUUCUUGUUCUUAUAUGUAAUCAUCUGGAAGCAAAACAACUCCUUCAAUCCUUACUCUGUGAAGUUGAAGAGAAUUGGGUUUAAUUUUAAAAUUUGAGCACUAUUUACUAUC